CCAAUAUCGGAACGCAGCCUCUGGUACGCUAGGUUCCGUAAGACCAAUAGUUUUUAUAGAUCUUGUUAGUGUCUCUGAUCAAUGAAAUCGUGUAGGUGUACAUUGCGUCAGAUGUUACUUGGUAGAUUAUAAAUAAAUCACAAGAUGAUUGAUGAAGAAGUGAUACGUCGACGACUGCUCAUAGACGGUGAUGGCACGGGAGACGAUCGUAGGAUUAAUAUGUUGUUAAAGUCGUUCAUAAAAUGGAUCAACAAUUCUGAUGUGGACAACACGCUGCACGAAAGAAUGCUGUCGCAGUUGGCGCAGUGCGAGUUUGCACAGAAAAAAUCCAGAUUAGUCUCCAACAUGAGUCGAGAGGAGCUACAGAGUUAUGAAAAAUUGUCUGAAGAGAUCGAGGUGCAGAUUGAAGAGGCCAAAAAAGAGAUAGAGACAACAAAGGCAGAAUUGCAAGAUGCCAAACGUGUUAGGAAAAAUAGGAUAGAGUAUGAUGUGUUGGCCAAAGUUAUCAAUGAGCAACCAGACCGAUUGGAAACUGACAUCAAACUUGCUACACUGAGAGAGGAAUUGGGCAGUUUAAAGGAAAAAUCGGAACAUUUGGAGCACAAGUUGGAAAUGCGUCGUAAACAAUUCCAUGUUUUAAUAUCAUCUAUACAUUCUUUGCAAGGAAUGUUGGACGAAUGUGAUGAAGAAGUAAUGGACGUGAGUCUUGAAAAUUAUGAGAAUAUGGAUGUGCAAAUUCUUUCUGCUAAAAAAGAUUCAUGAAUAUCUACCUCUAUUGUAUCGAGCCGUUUAUAAAAGUCCAGAAAGAUAUGGGAACCGCAACUGAUGGUAGUUACAACAGGGUAAAAGAGUGGGCCAUCCGAGUGUGCCUGGCCAAAACAUUGCGUUAUUGUUCCCAGUGUAACUUAAUGUACAAAUUUAUACAUUUUCUACUGACUGACGCAGA